AUGGAAAAUAUGCUUCAUAAAUGGGGACUUAAGGAUACACCACAAUGCGACUGCGGAUAUGAAACUCAGACAGCCAAUCACAUUGUGAAAGAAUGUCCAAUACACAGCAUACAAGGCGGAAUGGAACAUCUUCAUAAAGCUACAGCAGCAGCAACAAACUGGCUGACCAAUCUGGACAUUGGAAUCUAA